CCACUCAACUACCAAUAUUUUAGGAACUACUAUUUAUACGUCUCCAGAUAUCUCACUGCUCCACAUAUUUCUCACCAACAAUGGAGCGCUCUUGCUUCCUUUCUCUCAUCGUUUUCGCCUUCCUAUCCUCUUCCAUCCUGUUCACCGCUACCUCCGAUGAGCUCGAUGAUCCUCUCAUUAGGCAAGUGGUUCCGGACGUAGAGGAUUAUCUCCUGAGCGCCCAGCAUCACUUCACUGCUUUCAAGGCUAAAUUCGGGAAGAACUAUGCAACUCAGGAGGAGCACGAUUACCGAUUCAAAGUUUUCAAAGCUAAUCUCCGACGAGCGCAAAAGCACCAGCUGAUGGAUCCUUCAGCGGUACAUGGAGUUACCAAGUUCUCAGACUUAACGCCACGCGAGUUUCGCCGUCAGUAUCUCGGCUUGAAGAAGCUUCGUCUUCCUGCAGAUGCUCACGAAGCGCCGAUACUUCCGACUGACGGUAUUCCCGAGGAUUUUGAUUGGCGUGACCACGGCGCCGUUACUAAUGUUAAGAACCAGGGAUCAUGUGGAUCGUGCUGGUCGUUUAGUGCCGCUGGUGCUCUAGAAGGAGCUCACUUUUUAGCGACGGGUGAGCUGGUGAGCUUGAGUGAACAGCAGCUUGUGGAUUGUGACCAUGAGUGCGAUCCAACAGAAUACGGAGCAUGUGAUUCAGGGUGUAAUGGUGGGUUGAUGACCAAUGCAUUUGAGUACAUUCUCAAGGCUGGUGGACUAGAACGAGAGGAGGACUAUCCUUACACUGGGAGUGAUCGCGGGCCUUGCAAGUUCGAAAGGGCAAAAAUUGCUGCAUCUGUUAAUAACUUCAGCGUCGUUUCUGUUGAUGAAGAUCAAAUUGCUGCAAAUUUGGUGCAGAAUGGUCCACUUGCAGUGGGUAUCAAUGCAGUUUUUAUGCAGACAUACAUAGGAGGAGUAUCCUGUCCAUACAUUUGCUCAAAGCGUCAGGAUCAUGGGGUGGUUCUUGUGGGGUAUGGAUCUGCAGGUUAUGCUCCUGUCCGAUUGAAGGACAAGCCUUUCUGGAUUAUCAAGAACUCGUGGGGAGAAAAUUGGGGUGAGAACGGCUAUUACAAAAUCUGUAGGGGUCGCAAUGUCUGCGGAGUGGACGCAAUGGUUUCAACUGUUGCUGCCAUUCACACCACCGCUCGAUAAAUGAUUGCAUUUGGCAAUUGAGCUUCUGUAAAUAUAUGUCAACUGUGGUGGUGUGUAUUGCUAUAGUAUCUUUAUCUUUGCUUAGAAAUGUGUAAGCUACUAUGGACAUGUUGCAGAAAAUUUUAUGAUCUGAUCUAGGCGUCAUUUGUAAUGUCUUAUCAGGACUGUCUAUUUAAGGGUUUGUAUAUGCUUAUGGCUACCAACAAUACUUAAAUCUUUGUUAAAA